AUGAAGCUAUAUCCCGGUAUAGCAGAAAAGUACCCACGCAUCCAGCACGUUGUUGAGCACCGGAUGGAACAAAAAAAGACGACACCAAAAUGGGAGCAAACGGUUACAGAAAAGUUAACGAUGGUAUAUGCUGGGCCCAACCAAGUUGUAUGGGAGUUCCCGGUAGAGCAAAUACAUUGCAAUAGAGACGGCGUGAUGCAAAGUGGGUGUGUUGCUACGUUGGUCGAUGUAUGCAGCAACUUUGCAGUGUUUACGCACGAUGGAAAACAUCAAUGGAAGCACUUUGGCGUGUCGACCACUCUCAAGGUAUCCUAUUUACGCGGUCUCCAACCUAAUCAAACAGCUCGCGUUGAAUGUGAUUUGGAACGUUUGGGCAGGCUGACAGCCAAUAUUGGGAUAAGGAUAUAUGAUCAAGAGGGUGUACUAUGUUAUACGGGCAACCAUGCCAAAUUCUCGGUGGAUUCACGUUAUUAA